AGCUGGACAGCUCCUAGGAGACCAUGAGCCAGUUGGGAUCUCUGAGCGGUGGCCCCAGAUCGCCCAACGGCAGCAUGGGGCACUCCGAUGGGAUGGCCAAGAUGAGCGCUAAGGACCUGUACGAGCAAAGGAAGAAAUACUCCAACUCCAAUGUCAUCAUGCACGAGACAUCCCAGUAUCACGUGCAGCAUUUGGCCACAUUCAUGAUGGACAAGAGUGAGGCCAUCGUCACGGUGGAGGAUGCCAUCCGAAAGCUGAUCCAGCUGAGCUCCAAGGAGAAGAUCUGGACCCAAGAGAUGCUGCUACAAGUUAAUGACUCAUCCCUGAAGCUGCUGGACUGUGAGUCCCAGGAGGAGCUGGAGCAUUUCCCGCUGGCUACCGUGCAGCACUGCCAGACGGUUCUGAACCAGCUCCGCUAUCCCUCCGUGCUGCUGCUGGUGUGCCAGGAUUCGGAGCAGCACAAGCCUGACGUGCAUUUCUUUUACUGCGACGAGGUGGAGGCAGAGCUAGUGCAUGAAGACAUUGAGAGUGCCCUGGCAGACAGCAAACUGGGGAAGAAGAUGCGGCCACAGACACUCAAGGGCCACCAGGAAAAGAUCCGACAGCGCCAGUCCAUCCUGCCACCACCGCAGGGCCCUGCCCCCAUCCCCUUCCACCAAGAUGCUGGGGGUCCCCCUCACAGCUCCAAGAAUCGUGUGGCCCCUCCAGUGCCCCACAGCAUGCCAGAUUAUGGACGAAGAGACUCUGGCUCUCAGGAUGAGGAGCCCAGGGCUGUCUUGGCCCAGAAGAUUGAGAAGGAGACGCAAAUCCUCAACUGUGCCCUGGAUGACAUUGAGCUGUUUGUGGCCCGCCUGCAGAAGGCAGCAGAAGCCUUUCGGCAGCUCAACCUGAGGAAAAAGGGCAAGAAGAAUAGAAAGAAGGGGCCAGCAGAGGGAGUCCUGACCCUUAGGGCCAGGCCCCCCUCCGAGGCAGAUUUUAUCGACUGCUUCCAGAAAAUGAAACUGGCCCUCAACCUCCUGGCCAAGUUGAGAAAGCACAUUCAGAAUCCAAGUGCCGCUGAACUGGUCCACUUUCUCCUAGGACCCUUGGAGCUGAUCAUAAACAGCUGUGGUGGCCCUGACAUUGCCCGCUCUGUGUCCAGCCCACUGCUGUCACGAGACACUGUGGACUUCCUGAAGGGCCACCUGAUUCCCAAGGAGACUGCACUCUGGGAGUCACUGGGAGAGAUGUGGACCCGCCCUCGAGCCGAGUGGCCUCGAGAUGCCCACGUACCCCCCUACAUCCCAAAGUUCCACAAUGGCUGGGAGCCCCCGCUGGAUGUGCUGCAGGGGGCCCCCUGGGAAGUGGAAGGUGGGCUGCUGCUGGACACUGAGCUGAGCCCGGCCAACGGGUUCUCCUACCGCCAUUCACUGAAGCAGAGCCCAGGCCCCGAGCCUGCACCCCCCGGAGACGGCUUCCCACCAGGGGGCUCCCCCAACACUGACAGGAGAGGUGAGCCGUCAGCCAUGGCCAAAUUCGCCAAAAUCCGUUAUGACUUCACAGCGCGUAAUGCCAAUGAGCUGUCUGUACUGAAGGACGAGGUUCUGGAGGUGCUGGAAGACAAUAAGCAGUGGUGGAAGCUCAGGAACCGCAGUGGGCAGGCUGGCUACGUCCCUUUCAACAUCUUGGAUGUCAUCCGGCUGGAAGAUGUAUACCCGUUAAGUGAGCAGGACAAUCAGAAAUACCGAGGAGACGUGAGUCCCCGAGGCCCAGGCCCCACCAGCCCCUUCCACAAGCUGCCUCCCAGCUAUACAGGGGACAAGGAAGCCAAAGAGCAACUCAUCCACCACAUGGAUGAGCUUAAUCAUGAACUCAUCAAAAAGAUGGCCAACCCCAAAGGGCAGCCUCCCCCAAGGAACUUCCGCGUGGAGAGGAGCAAGACUGUGACGGCUCCACUGACCUACAGCUCCAGUGCCCAGGAGGUCAGGAUGUGGCUGGAAGCCAAGGCCUUCAGCCCAGGGAUUGUCGAGCACCUGGGCAUCCUGACAGGCGCCCAGCUCUUCUCCCUUAACAAGGAGGAGCUGAAGAAAGUGUGUGGGGAUGAGGGCGCCCGAGUCUACAGCCAGCUGACGGUGCAGAAGGGCCUCCUGGAGAAAAACCAGGGUGGGUCUGAGUUGGAGGAGCUUCUGCUAAGGUUCCAGAAGAAGACCAUGGAGGAGGGCCAGAGCUAGGCCUUUGUCUGGGCUGGGAAGGAAAGGGGGCUCCCUGGCCCAGCACCAUUGUCCUGGGGGCUUGCCUCAGUAUUGUGUGAAGUAUUAUUUCAUUUCCCUACGGUUUCAUGGGGAUACUGGGUGUGCAUUUAGGCCUGGCCGCCUAUCCCCCUGCCCCACCCCAGCCUGCUCCACCUGCCCUGCUCUUCCCCCUCCCUUCACUGCAUACUUCUUUGGAGCCCCCAGAGGCAGAACACCCUCACUCUCAUGCCCUGGACAUCUCCAGCUGUUUCUGGGCUGCCCACCCAGAAGGGCUGACCUGGCCCCCAGAUAGCCCCCAGAGCCAUCGAUGAGACUUUGGUCAGAGACCCUUUGCCCCACUCCUCUCUCUGAUAGGCCUCCUGGCUCUCUGCACAUAAACACUGCACGUAUACUGCUGUGUAUCACUGGUGGUCACAUGUGGUCCAUCAGAGAGGAGGCUCUCUGAGAGAUUCAGAGGCAUCUCAGAGCAUAAUUUCCCCCCACCCCCAACUCAGGUCCACUGGGCAGCUGCUUCCAUAUCAAGGAAGAGGCUGUCCUCGUCCUUCACUCUAGUCUGGCCCCUCAGGUCUCCAUGGGAUGUGUCAGUAAUGGCCCCCAACUCUAUCCCGGACCAGACCCUGAAUAUUCAGUGCCCCUCUACUUGGGAGCCAGCCAGGAGGUGUGGGCCACCUCCUCAGCCCAGCCAACCUCUUAUCUGGCUGCCAUGCCCUGAAGAGAAGGGGGUGGCACGGUGUGGUAGAACCUGGGUCCCUACCCUCACUCAUUUUGGCUGCCUGGGUACCGUCCUCAAGGUGAGGAGCUAGGACGGGGAGACCUGUGAGGUGUCUGGUAUGCUCCUCCCCUCCCUGCCAGGCUCUUCCUGAACAGUGGGGAAAGGGGGGGGAUACUCAACCCAGAAACUACCCCCCACCAGCCUCUUCCUGGUCUAAAAGUUCCUGGUUGUAGCUGAGUCCCACUCCUGCUGCCCCCAGCCUUGUGGGGCUCUGGGAAGGCCAGGGCCCCCUCCAUGCUCACCCAUUGGCCUUGGGGUGAGGUCAGUGCCCACAAGGGCUGGCUCUGGGCCAGCCACAGGGAGGGCCGGGCUCAGCAGGAGACUCGAGCAGCAAAGGCUGGCUGCCAGAGUUGUGGAGUGGUGGUGGUGGGGACACCCUGCCUCAUCAGUCCUGACGCGUUAGUCUGUCAUGAGCUCCUGACUCCAUCCCCCCAUCUGGAGCCCAGGGACCAGCUGGAAAAAUGUCCACGGAGCUGCCUCUCCCUGGAAGCUCUGGCUCAGACAGCCUGGAAGAGGACCCAUCAUAACCCACAUCCUGUCCUACCAUCUCCUGGCCAGAGAUCCCAGGGCCCCAACCCAUGGAAGAGUCAUUAAAAACCGCUCAUUUACCAACCA